UUGAUUGAUGAGAGUUUCCUCACCAUGGGAAUUCCUGAACUCUGGGUUCUGUUGAGUAAUCGCCCCCCUCCCACCAUACAGCUGAUUAUAUGACCCUGAUGGUUUCAGUGCUGGACCAGACGAGACGGCCAAAAUCAGAGGAGCACAUCAUGAAGCCAGGUGUGGUUGCAGCUCUGUUUGUCAUCUUCCUGUCUUCAGUUUGCUGUCAGCAGCCUGUAAACUGCAGAUGGGGGCCUUAUGGAGACUGGUCUGAGUGUGAUGGCUGCUCCAGUACAAAGGUGCGGACUCGCCAUGUGAGCGUGUAUGCGCAGUUUGGGGGGCUGCCAUGUCCAGGAGAAGCCACACAAACACAACCAUGUGUCCCACAGAAGAGAUGUCCCCUGGAAACGGGCUGUGGAGAGAGGUUCCGCUGCACCUCUGGUCAGUGUAUCAGCCAGUCUCUGGUGUGCAACGGGGACCAGGACUGCGAGGACGGUCUGGAUGAGAGAAGCUGUGAUCGAGACAGCAGCCAGGAGUCAUGUGACCUUGACAAAACACCUCCCAACUCGGACCUAACAGGCAGAGGGUACGAUGUGCUUACAGGCAAACUGAGAGCAGGUGUGAUCAACACUCUGAGCUUUGGAGGCCAGUGCAGGAAGGUGUUCAGUGGCGACCAUAAAGUCUAUUACAGACUGCCGCAGAACGUCCUCAGGUACAACUUUGAGGUCAAAGUAGACAAUGAAGAGAGCGAUGAAUCCUUCACGAGCUCCUGGUCCUACAUGCAGCACAUCCAGUCCAACGCCUUGGUGGGACACGAUCGGCGCACCUUCCACAAAGAGCUCACCGACAAUAAAGCCUACAGACUUAUAAUCCUGAAGAAUAAAGUGGAGCUGGCCCAGUUCCAAAACUCUGCCCCUCAGUAUCUGACCCUGGCCGAAGGUUUCUGGAAGGCCUUGUCCUCGCUGCCGCUCACGUACGAUUACUCAGCGUACCGCCAGCUGUUUCAGACGUAUGGCACACACUACCUCUCUGAGGGCUCGCUCGGAGGAGAAUAUCAAGCCUUGUUGGAGUUAGACCAACAGGCGUUCUCGUCAACCAAAACAACAGAUAUAGAGUACCAGAGGUGUUGGAGGAAGGUGAAACGUCGUUUCUUCAGGAAAAAAGUCAAGACCGUUUGUGAAAAACUGACAAAAGCGUUUUCAGCCAGCCACGCACACAAUGUGAACAACAUGCCCAUUAAGGUCAAUGUGUUCGGAGGAGAUCCGGCCUUUAUUGGUGCUCUGAGCGUUCUGGAUCUGGAAAACCCAGAAGCUAACGGACAGAUCUACGACAACUGGGCCUCAUCUGUCAAAGAUUUCCCAGAAGUCACUGACCAGAAGCUGCGUCCUCUGUAUGAGCUGGUGAAGGAGGUGGAGUGUGCCGGUUUGAGGAAGCUCCACCUGAAGAGAGCCACAGAGGAGUACCUGGCGGAGGAGCAUCCCUGUCACUGCCGGCCCUGCCAGAACAACGGCCAGCCGCUGCUCACGGGCACCGAGUGUCGCUGUGUCUGCCGGCCGGGAACGUCAGGAAAAGCCUGCGAGAGGGGAGCUGUGAUUGGAGAACAAGCAGGGGUGAUUCACGGCAGCUGGAGCUGCUGGUCCUCCUGGGGAUCCUGCUCUGGACAUCAAAGGUCAAGGACCCGAAGCUGCGACAACCCCGCCCCCAGCAGAGGUGGCCAACACUGCACUGGACUGCAGGUGGAGCACAAGCCUUGUGAGGACGCAGACAUCCAGUACUUACAGAUGAUGGAGCCUCAGUGCUUCAGUCUCUCUGUGACUCCACCAAAGACAUGUGGGCCACCUCCAAGCCUCCGGAACGGAUUCAUUCAGAAUCCCAGAGAUUUUUACCUGGUUGGCAACACGGUGGAGUACUCCUGCAUAGACGGUCAUUAUCUGAGUGGAGACGCUUUGGCUGAAUGCACUGAAAACCAGACGUGGAGGACGGGAGCGAUGGUUUGUAAAAGUUCCACAUGCGGGAUUCCUCCACUCAACAGUGAACUUGUAGCCACACCCACCAAAGAAGCCUAUCAGAUUGGAGAGCGAGUGUCCCUGUCCUGUCCUGCAGGGUCUCUGCUGGAUGGGGAGGUGUCAGAGACCAUGUGCAGCUCCAGCCUGCAGUGGUCUCCGUCUCCAGCCAGCGUGCUCUGCAAAGCUGGGCCCACAGCUCCCUCGCCUCCAGCUGGCCUGAAGUGUAAGCUGUGGGAGAAUGUGGGAAAAACUGAGUGUGUGUGUAAGAUGCCAUUCCAGUGCUCGACCUCUUUGCAGUUGUGUGCCAAACUUGGCUCGAGCCAAACCCGUUUACUUGAAGUGUGUCAGCUUGGAGCUCUGCGGUGUAUGGGGCGGACCUUCACGCUGGCCGGUGACAGCGAGUGUGACUGGCCUGACAAGACGUCCACGUCCUGCGAGGACUGCCACCCGGGGACAAUCUGUCAGGAAUCAGUGGGACAAUGCGUGUGUCAGAACAUGUCAGAAUGCCCUGAAGACUCUGCACCCCUGUGCGCCAGCUCGGGUGUUGGCAGCGUUGCCAGGACGAUGAGCGAAUGCGAGGUUGGGGCCAGAAGGUGCGCCGGGGAGCAGGUCAACGUGAUCAGUAUUGAGGCUUGCCCAGAGUAAAGAUGGCUGUAUUUUACUGAACCGUCUCACAAUGUACAUAAAAGAAGAACUUGUGCUUUUUUAGUGACUGAAGUGUAACUAGGGAAAACUAUUUGAAUGAUGUAAAUAUGUUCCUCUGUGGUGUCUUUUUUUAGUUGUCAUGGAGGACUGAUGACAAACAACAUUUGAAUGUAAAGUAGACAUAAGAUUCAUGAAUAAAUGCUAAAUGUGGAUUGUUUUUGUUAUAGGAAGUUAAUAAAACACUUUUC